GAACGGGGAGAGGGACGGCCUAUUGCGGAGGUUGAGCAGCGAAGAGGCGGCGGCAGAAGCGGAGGCAGGAACCAGAGACGCCAUGGCGGAGAGCGACUGGGACACGGUGACGGUGCUACGCAAGAAGGGCCCCAGCGCGGCCCAGGCCAAAUCGAAGCAGGCGGUGCUGACGGCUCAGAGGCGAGGCGAGGACGUGGAGACCUCCAAAAAGUGGGCCGCAGGGCAGAACAAGCAGCACUCGAUCACCAAGAACACGGCCAAGCUGGACCGGGAGACCGAAGAGCUGCACCACGACCGGGUCCCGCUGGAGGUGGGCAAGGUCAUCCAGCAGGGCCGGCAGGGCAAGGGGCUGACCCAAAAGGACCUGGCCACGAAAAUCAACGAGAAGCCCCAGGUCAUCGCCGACUACGAGUCCGGGAGGGCCAUCCCCAACAACCAGGUGCUGGGCAAGAUCGAGAGGGCCAUCGGCCUUAAGCUCCGAGGGCGGGACAUCGGCAGGCCCCUCGAGCCGGGCCCCAAAGGGAAGUGAGGACAAAGCCUCGAAAUCAGUUUGCCCCGACUGAUCUCGCCUGGCCGCUUGCUCCUCUGGCACGGCCAGGGCCUCUGCCAGGCUGAAGCCUCCAGAGUCUCCACCCUGUUGUGAAUCAACGAACCGCUCACCGCCGACGUUCCUGCCUUCCUUUUUCAAAGUAUCCAAAUCCUAAUAAAGCAUCUGAAUCUGCCAGGGGCAAGAGA